AUGUGUCAAUUUCAUACAGAUGAAUAUAUUGAUUUCCUUUCAAGAGUUACACCAGAUAAUUUAGAUAUGUUCCAAAAAGAAAGUGUUAAAUUCAAUGUUGGUGAUGAUUGUCCAGUUUUCGAUGGUCUUUAUGAAUAUUGUGGUAUUUCUGGUGGUGGUUCAAUGGAAGGUGCUGCAAGAUUAAAUAGAGGUAAAUGUGAUAUUGCUGUUAAUUAUGCUGGUGGGUUACAUCAUGCUAAAAAAUCAGAAGCUUCAGGUUUUUGUUAUUUAAAUGAUAUUGUCUUGGGUAUAAUUGAAUUAUUAAGAUAUCAUCCAAGAGUUUUAUAUAUUGAUAUUGAUGUUCAUCAUGGUGAUGGUGUUGAAGAAGCUUUUUAUACCACUGAUCGUGUUAUGACUUGUUCUUUCCAUAAAUAUGGUGAAUUUUUUCCAGGUACUGGUGAAUUAAGAGAUAUUGGUGUUGGUAAAGGUAAAAAUUAUGCAGUUAAUGUUCCAUUAAGAGAUGGUAUUGAUGAUGGUACUUAUAAAUCUGUUUUUGAACCUGUGAUAUCCAAGAUUAUGGAAUGGUAUCAACCUUCUGCUAUUGUUUUACAAUGUGGUGGUGAUUCUUUAUCUGGUGAUCGUCUUGGUUGUUUCAACUUAUCAAUGAAAGGUCAUGCAAAUUGUGUUAAUUUUUGUAAAUCUUUAGGUGUUCCAUUAAUGAUUUUAGGUGGUGGUGGUUAUACAAUGAGAAAUGUUGCAAGAACUUGGGCUUUUGAAACUGGGUUAUUAAAUAAUGAAAUUUUAGAUUUGGAUUUACCUUAUAAUGAUUAUUAUGAAUAUUAUGGUCCAGAUUAUAAAUUAGAUGUUAGACCUUCAAAUAUGUAUAAUGCAAAUUCUCCAGAAUAUUUAGAUAAAAUCAUGACUCAAAUUUUUUCAAAUUUAGAAAGUACUAAAUUUGCUCCAAGUGUUCAAAUUAAUGAUGUUCCAAGAGAUGCUGAAGAUCUUGGUGAUGAAGAUGAAGAUUUACCAGAUGCUAUUGAUACUAAAGGUGGUUCACAAUUUGCAAGAGAUAACAUAAUAACGCCAAAAACUGAGUUCUAUUAA